CCUGCCCGCCUGCCCUCUUCCCCUCCUCACCCUCCCGUACCCCCAACUCCCAACCGGGUACGAGGUCACCCGGGGAGCUCAAGCUCUCCCUUCUCCCCGUAGAGGUCUGCCCCUCCCGCCCCAUCCGCUCCUUUCCCCUUCUGAGCUGAUCCCCGUCCCCAUCCCCGUCCCUGUCCUCGUCCCCAUCCCCUUGCGGAGCCAGCGACCUGGGCUGGCAGGUGGGAGGACACCAUGAGUCUGGGGGGUGGCAACAGCGGCCGGCGCCGCCGGGCAGAGAGCGGGGACCCAGAGCCACCCCCGCUUCCGCCCCUCGGAGAACCCGCUGCGGCCGGCCCCCCGCGCUACCUGCCGCCGCUGACCCCACCGCUGCCCAGUCUGUUCGCGCUGCCGCCGCCCCCGCAGGCGCCGCCGGGACCGGCUCCGAGGCAGGAGGAGCCGCAGCCGCUGGCCGAGGAGAUCCCGCGGCGAGGAGCAGGAGAGGACCUGCCGCCGCAGCCGCCCCCACCACCGCCGCCGCCUCCCCCGCCGCCGCCUCUGUUGCCUCCCCCGCCGCCGCCGCAGCUCCCGCUCCUGCUCCCGCUUCCUUCGGCCGAGCAAGAUCCGUCAACUGCAGGAGACUCUGGGGAAGGUCCAAAGCGCUUCUCUGAACCUCCCCCUCCAGAGGCGGUGAUUAAAGACUCGGAGGAGCCGCAGGCUGCGAGAGUAGGAAGGGAGGCAGAAGGACCAGGCUCCUCUGAACAGCCAGAGACCCGCUCGGUGUGUAGCAGCCGCAGUAGUAGCAGCAGCAGCAGUGACCAUCGCACGGGGCACCACCACCACCAGCACCAACACCACCAGCCCAUCUGCAAGAUCUGCUUUCAGGGGGCUGAGCAGGGUGAACUGUUAAAUCCUUGCCGAUGUGAUGGGUCAGUUCGGUAUACACAUCAGCUAUGCCUAUUAAAGUGGAUCAGUGAAAGAGGGUCAUGGACCUGUGAGCUCUGCUGUUAUAGAUACCAUGUAAUAGCAAUUAAAAUGAAAAAACCUUGCCAGUGGCAAAGCAUUUCUAUAACACUGGUUGAGAAAGUUCAGAUGAUUGCUGUAAUCCUAGGAUCACUGUUCUUAAUAGCAAGUGUGACUUGGCUUCUGUGGUCAGCCUUCAGCCCCUAUGCGGUGUGGCAAAGGAAGGACAUCCUCUUCCAAAUCUGCUAUGGGAUGUAUGGUUUUAUGGAUCUAGUGUGCAUAGGUCUCAUUGUUCAUGAAGGGGCAGCAGUUUACAGAGUGUUUAAACGCUGGAGGGCGGUUAAUUUGCACUGGGAUGUAUUAAAUUACGACAAAGCCACAGACAUAGAAGAAAGUAGCCGAGGAGAGUCUUCAACGAGUAGGACAUUAUGGUUGCCACUGACAGCUUUGCGAAAUAGAAACUUAGUUCACCCCACCCAAUUAACCUCACCGAGAUUUCAGUGUGGCUAUGUACUGUUACACCUGUUCAAUCGAAUGAGGCCCCAUGAAGACUUGUCAGAAGAUAACAGCUCGGGGGAGGUUGUGAUGAGAGUGACUUCCGUGUAAUGAAAAUGUAAGGCUGAUCCACUGUGGACCUUUGAAACAGCAUUGUGGAAUGUAGUUGCAAUGAAUGGUGAAACCACAGCACUUCUAAAAACAUAUAUGAACUUUUUAAAAUUUAUGCUUUUUAUAUGAACAAUGGAAUUGCAAAUACAUUUUCUGAAAAAAAAAAGUCCCUCUGCUCUUUGUUUUCUGAUUUAUGGCAUCUUUUUAUAAGUUGGUACUUGGAAUCAUUUGAAAUAUAAUUUACAUGUUAUUAGUGGAUACAAUGAAGAA